CGUUUUCAGUAUUAAUCCAUCGCCCGAAAGGAAGAAACCGAAAAAAUUUUUUUGUUGUCCUGCAAUCUUUAACGAAACUUCAACGAUGUCUGACGUAAAAUCCGAAAUUGAUAGCGAUAUCGAGCAAAAUUAUUCGCUCAACAGUACUGCAGAUCCCAAAAAUAUGCAGGAAUUGUCGAUUUAUGUGCAAACGCUCUUGCAAGGCGUUCAGGACAAGUUUCAAACGAUGUCGGAUCAGAUAAUCACGAAAAUCGACGAUAUGGGAACCCGUUUGGAUGAGCUGGAAAAAUCCAUCGGAGACUUGAUGCAACAAGCGAACAUGGCAGAUCAACCCGAAAUGGGCAAAUGACUAAGUCAUGAAAAUCUGUCGAGCGAAUUUUGAAUGUCAGAGACGCAAAAAAAAAUAUUUAUUUUGAAAAACUCACAAAAUUGUCACAUAAUCAACAAGAAAAUUCCCCCGCAUGAGAAAUAAUCGAUUUUUAUGCACACUUUUUGUCAAAAAUAAUAUUUAAGCGAAAAAAGAUGUAACAAUAAAUAACAAUAAACGUAAAAUCAUGAAAAAAAA